AAACGAAGUUUGGAAGAACCCAGCUUUUGGACCCGAACUGGCUGGUACACAAAAUGAAGGGACUUACGUAACAGAUAUAAUAGUUCCUUCUAUUCGAGCUACAUUGAGGAGGCUUCCAAUCGGAAAGACCGGCUUUAUUAGCACCGCCGAACGGCAAAGCGUUGCCAGUGCGGAUAGAAAAGGGAAGUCAGGAACGGGAAAACGGCCGGACAUCAUGUUUAUCAUUAAUUAUAAGGAAAGAAUACAUGAAUUGACAUUUGCCGAAUGUUCACGUCUGGUUUGCACCGAAGACAAAGAAAAAACAGAUCAAGUAAAAUUGUGGCGAGAAAUGAAUGAUGGGCUAUUCUGGUCCCGCAAAGCGUGCAAGCCAGACAAAGGUGAAUUUGGCAUUAUCGGUGUUCAAGUAGCUGCUGAAAUACCGGUUCAAAAAGUUGACGGUGAAAUUGUUUUUAAUUUUGUAGAAUUAUUGUUGAAUUUAAGAAACAUUCUGAUCGUCAACUUAUCCUUACUAUUCCAUGCGCAAGAGACUGGAUCGCAUGAGAGUAGUGAAAGUAGUUCUACAUUGCGUUCUCCACGUAGAGAAAAACAAGAACGAACAAAAACUAGAAAGGUAAGUGAAAGAAGUCCUUCACGGAAAAGAGGGAGAUUAAAUAAGAAAAAAAGCAGAGAUUUGAAGAAAGGUUGA